AGGUGGGCGGCGAGGGCCGGGCCUUGCCGGGCCAGACCGGGCCGGACGCCGCGGGCGGGCUGAUAAGAGUCUGUGUGGGCUCACCUUCCGCCUCAGUACAGCUGGGCGGCCGUGGUCGGGCCCGCGUUUGGGGUGGCUGUGGCACAGCUAUCGCUGUUCGGCUGUGUGACUCUCCUCGACGCGGAGCGCCGCCCUUCCACUCGGGCCCGGCGCGGCGAUGGGUUCUCGGGCGUCUACACUGCUGCGGGACGAAGAGAUUGAGGAGAUCAAGAAGGAGACGGGCUUCUCCCACAGUCAAAUCACCCGUUUGUACAGUCGCUUCACCAGCCUAGACAAAGGAGAAAAUGGCACUCUGAGCCGUGAAGACUUCCAGCGGAUUCCAGAGCUUGCCAUCAAUCCACUGGGAGACAGAAUUAUCAAUGCUUUCUUUCCAGAAGGAGAGGACCAGGUGAAUUUCCGUGGCUUCAUGAGGACGCUGGCUCACUUCCGGCCCAUAGAAGACAACGAAAAGAGCAAAGACCAGAACGGACCAGAGCCCUUGAACAGCCGAAGUAACAAACUCCACUUUGCCUUUCGGUUAUAUGAUCUAGAUAAAGAUGACAAGAUUUCCAGGGAUGAGCUUCUUCAGGUAUUACGGAUGAUGGUUGGUGUAAACAUUUCAGAUGAGCAGCUGGGCAGCAUUGCUGACAGGACAAUCCAGGAAGCUGACCAAGAUGGAGACAGUGCCAUCUCCUUUGCAGAGUUUGUGAAGGUUUUGGAGAAGGUGGAUGUAGAGCAGAAAAUGAGCAUUCGAUUUCUUCACUGAUGGAUGGAGAGCCCAUUCUUUUCUACCCCUACUACAUAAUGAAUAGAACUUCAUUUUCUCUUUAGCACCUUGCCCCAGAGCAUUGCUACUGGUGAAUAAUACAUCUCCAACCCCUACUUGAUUUAUUCUACCAAUGUGAACAUUCCCUGUGCAUCAGGAACAAAGGGAAGUGGCUGCCCUGCAACUUGGAAAGGAGCAUUUUUUAAAAAGAUUAAUAACAUUU